UAGUGGGGCUGGAGUUUUCCUCGGCGGAUUUUCUGCCGCUGUCGCCGGGCCUUGGAUCGGACCCCCUCCCCCCAGGUGAGGGAGAUCGAGAAAAUUCGACGGCGGGCGGGUAUUUUGUCGUCCGCCGGGGGUCUGUGACUGGAUGUCGGGAGCGGGCUGUCGAGUGGGGCCGGAGUCGGGCCGAUUGGCUGACGUUUAUUUUCCUGAGGGAAGCCAGUGGAGGGGGAGGAAAUACAUUGUGAAAUCAUAAUUAUUCUGGAGUACUUAGUGACUUUGAAAGGAAUUUUGGAUCCACACCAAGGAUGAUGCUGGGUGAUCCCAUAUCUUCUCAUUUUGGUAAUCGCAUGUCAGUGUCAAGCAAUUGGAGGUAUAUUUGACAACAUGAAGCCCUAACUGCAAGAAACAAGGAAAAAAACUAAGCAAGUGCUGAGUUUACAACGGUCUCCUGUCAGAAGUUGCCUGAAGUUGUUUCUCUGUUCAGUUUCCAGUGUUGAGAGUAGUUCUCACAGACUAUUGUAUCUGGGGGGAGGGGGUGGGUGGGUGGGGGUGUGAGGCAAAGAAAGGGGGGAAAUAUUUUGUAACCCCCUUAUUAAAACAAAAAUGUUUUGACAGGAAAGACACCAACUGUUUCAAAGACUAUAAUCUUGCUACCCAAACUGAAAACAUGUGACGUUCUCCUCUUGGUGUUGGGUGCCCGAAGAAAACAGACAAUCGUGCAGGCUUGCGAUCAUGAUGUUUCGGGAUCAAGUUGGUGUGUUAGCUGGGUGGUUUAAGGGGUGGAAUGAAUGUGAACAGACAGUAGCCUUGCUGUCUCUGCUGAAGAGGGUCAGCCGGACCCAGGCUCGAUUUCUUCAGAUUUGUUUGGAGCACUCGCUGGCCGAUUGCACCGAAAUCCACAUACUGGAGGGAGAGGCCAAUGAUGCUGCUUUCAUCAGUCAAUGGCAUCAAGACCCUAAGGAAAAGGUUGUUUUACAAUUGCUUUCCCAUCUUCCUCUACUUCAGCCUGGAAAUGUAGAGGCAAAGUCUGAGUACAUGAAGCUGCUGCAGAAGGUGCUGGCUUACUCCAUUGAUAGCAAUCUGUUCAUAGAAGAGAGUAGGCAGCUCCUAUCCUAUGCACUAAUCCAUCCUGCAACCUCACUGGAUGAUCGGAGUUCUCUGGCCUUAUGGCUAACUCAUUUGGAGGAGCGCAUGUCGAGCAACUACACUUCACAGAGCGUGGGCCGGGCAGACUCUAUUUACACAGGAGCAUACAACCAAAAUCAAAGACAAAACGUUGAAGACAAGCUAAAUGAAUGGCAGAACCGAGCGGAUAGUGGCAUGUGUGUCACUGUUCCUGCUUGGCAGGACAAGCCAAUGACAUGUGAGAAUGGACAUCUGCCUCUGCAUACAUCUGUGUCUGUGCCAUCUGCAAUGAACAACAUUGGAAGCAAUACUAGUACAGUUCUCCAAAGCCAAACUCAAACCAACCACAGCCCUCUGAAGCGCUCAGUUUCUCUCACUCCACCGAUCAAUAUGACAAACCAAUCUGUGGUCAGCGAGUGGAUGUCUCCAGAUGACCUGCGCACCCGAGCAGUCUACGCCCCAUCAGACCAUGCACCACUCUCCCCGCAGAGCAGCAUAGCCUCCUCUGGAAGUGGUGGCAGUGAGCAGACAGAGGAACAGGGAUCAAGUCGCAACACAUUUCAGGAGGAGGGGAGUGGAAUGAAAGAUGUGCCCACUUGGUUAAAAAGUCUUCGACUACACAAAUAUGCAUCACUAUUCUCGCAGCUAACAUAUGAAGAGAUGAUGACUCUGACUGAACACCAGUUGGAAUCUCAGAAUGUCACAAAGGGAGCACGGCACAAAAUAGCUCUGAGCAUUCAGAAGUUGCGUGAACGACAAGGUGUGCUGAAGUCAUUAGAAAAGGAUAUUCUCGAAGGAGGAAACCUGCGAAAUGCCCUUCAGGAGCUACAACAAAUAAUUAUAACUCCUAUCAAAGCCUAUACCCCACCUCAAAUGACCCUUAAAGAGGGACAUGACACAGAUUCCAAUAACUCCAACAACGCAACUGGACUGGGAACAGACAGCCGAACAACCAAAGCACCUGCCGAGAAGGAAUCGACAUCUGAUGGCUUUCAGUCCCAGAGUCCCUCGACGUGUGAUGGAGAGUCCGCAGCAGCCCCUGUAUCUGAAGGUGACAUUCCUGGACAGUUCACCAGAGUCAUGGGGAAAGUUUGCACUCAGCUGCUAGUGUCCAGGCCAGAUGAAGAAAAUAUAAGCUCUUACUUGCAGCUCCUAGAGAAGUGCCUGGCACAUGAGGCAUUUACUGAAACACAGAAGAAAAGACUCUUCUCGUGGAAGCAGCAGGUAUUUAAGCUGCUGAGGUCUUUUCCUAGAAAAGCCUUAUUGGAGAUGCCAGGUGUUCGCCAGAGAAGCUGGGGUUUUGGUCAGUCCAGUUCCCUUCCCACAGCCGGUUCUGUGGUUGGUGGCCUGAGCCGACGAGGCCAGCGGCCGUUCCAGGUACCUCCACGGGGUCUCUCUGCAAGCCGCAUGGGUCUGAUCGGCACGUCUGCUGCUAACCUGGGUGGUGUUUCUCCAAGGCACACACUUAAUCCACUAGCAAGCCAAGGCAGGCAGAACCUAUGGUUUGCAAACCCUGGUGGCAGUAAUAGCAUGCCGAGUCAAAGUCGCAGCUCUGUGCAACGGACAUACUCUCUCCCUGUGCACACCUCUCCUCAAGCCAUCCUGAUGUUCCAGCAGUCAGAAUGUCAAGUGCCAGUGACUGAACCAGAGAUUAACACAAGACUGGAGUCUCUUUGCCUCAGUAUGACGGAGCAUGCCUUAGGAGAUGGAGUGGACAAGACGUCAACUAUUUAGUACGCUGUACUUCGCUUGUGAACACUCAUUGAGAGACUGACAUUACACAACAGCUGCAGGAAAUGCCACUGAUGUUUGAUGGGGUCACUACACCUUACAAUGUAUAUUUUCGCUGAUCUUUAUUUAACCUCAGGGGAAUCAGACUGAUACCCAAAGUAGUUUCAGUCUGCUUUCCAUUAUAUUUUUUAUUUUAACUUUUUCUCAGUAUCCAUCUGGUUAAAGGUUCAGCACCGGUACAAAACUCAUUUAGCUCAACUUAAUUUAAAAGAAAACUGGGAACUAACAUGAAAUUAGUGAUUGACAGUGUGGUGCUGAGCAGUGCUCAUGACGGAGGAGAGACGGGAACUCUUGGGCUGACGUUACAAUGGUCUUAACAGAAACCUGUAUGCUUUAGUUACUGUAUCAUUCAGGUCUGGUACCGGUGCAUACAGUACUUGGCAAUAGUGCAGGUCUGGUGUUUAUCUGUCUAUCACUAAUUUAACCUAAAAUCUCUGGUCAAAGUGAUGAAAGCAAGUUAACCAUUUAAGAAAGUUUAAACUAUAUAAGAGAUGUUCUGUUCUGAAGCACACAUUACUAGAUAAAACACAAUGGUUGCAUUAGCAAAACUGCUCCAGCAUAUUCAUUGAGGAGCUGCAGAGAAUGGGAAAUUAACUGACAUUUUUCUAGGGUUAUAUCUGUGCAGUUGUGUUUGUAUUGAUGGCAAAAAUACAUCUACACAACUCCAAGUUAGCACUGUUUGGACUGAAUUUACUCUUGUGCUUUGUGGUUAAUACUGUUUGUCCAAUUUUCUACAUUGUGGAUCUGUAACAGGAGGCAAUGGUUUCCACUUCUCCCCACCAAUAGAAUCUCUGAAGUACCACCCUCUCCUCUCUACUUCCCCACCCACUUGCCCUGGUUGAGUUGACAACUGGGAUUCUAAAGGAGCCUCUGACACUUAUCCCAUGGACUGUUAGAGCAUUUGGUUUACUUUCAAAUUUCAUGAAGGCUACCUUGAUCUUUUGGAAAAGGUUGGCUGAUUCUUAGAACACUGAGAAAAGAUGGAAACUCCAUGGUGGUGUAAAUUUUGGAAAGAAAGUCCUGCAUCUGGUUGGCUGGUGAAGUUUUAAGCAGCAACAUCUGGGAGUUGAUAAACAAUGCAAGGAUUGUCAGGUGACUAAUCUCCAGUGGUUGAACUUCAACCAGCUGACGGUGUUUCACUUCAAUCCUGUUAAAGCAUAAACCAGGCCAAUAUAUACUCCAUUCCACACCACCGACUCCCCCCCCUUCCAGUGCCUUUUCACCUGUGUCUGGCCAUCUCCCUCAAUUUGGAGCUUGUCAUUGCAUAUUAACCUUGUGAAACUGAGAGUAGAACUUUUUUUUACUUCCCUGAACUCUUGGUCUUGUACCAGAGCAGCAGAAAAUCUUGCUACCUUGGUCCUGCAAAAGUACCUGCAAUGCAUCCAACCUGCAAAAGUACCUGCAAUGCAUCCAACCUAGAAGGUUUUCCUCCAACUUGUAGGACUGAAAUGAAUGUACAUUUAUGACCAUUGCACCUGUGGUGAAUUCUGCUGAUUUGGAGCUGCCAGACCAGGUUUUGCGUAGCUCUGGGCAAGGUAGGAGAAUGCAAACACUGGCUUAUUGAACAGUGAUGUGGCAGGGAAAGACUUGCAGCUGCUGGUUCAUUCUGGCACCCAGCAAGUGGCCAUGAAGAGAGUGUUCACCAAAUUAUUUCAAGCUGAUAGUUUCCACUUUCAGUGUUUGCUACCUGAAUACAGAACUGUUUUGUAGUCCAGUGGGCAUGGAUAUUUUGUAUUUACAGGCAUUGUUCCUCUUUGUGCCUUUCUCAUUUGCUAACGUUGAAAUAAUUAUCAAUGGGAUUGUAGGCUAAUUAUGGCAAAAUCAGUCCUGCUUCUAUCCAGAGGUACAGCAUCUCCUGUCAUUGAACAAAAUGCAACUUCUGUACCAACGACAAACUACCGAGGAGUUCUUCUGUAGUGAUGGUGCUUUCAGAACAUGAUAUUUCUUUGAAAUGAUGUAAGGAAAGAAUCUUUCUUUUUUGUUGAAAAAGUUAACAGAGCAAGGUAUUGGGGAGUCGUGUAUUUGUAACUCUCCCAGUUGCUUAGUUACAUUUAAGAGUUCAUGGGUCAUAAUUUUCUAGCAUGAGGCACAGAAUGGGGGAGGGGGGAAAUGUGUAUGUUCAAAGAAAAAUGGUUUCAUGUAUAUAGUAAAUGUAUGUAUGGAAAAGUGAGAAUAAUUCUUGAAAGGGUUUCAGUGCUAUAAGGGCCUGUUUAUAUGAAUCACAUUUUUUGCCUGGAGUCUUGUGGCUUCAGUAAAGGACUUUUAUGUGUUUACAUUUUAAGAGGGGAGAGGGGGCAUAUAUAACACGAGCAUGACUUUAAAUGACUUUGGAUUUUAAUGGUUCUGUCACUCUGGUCAAGGGAAUUAUUCUAAAUUUCUUCAUCUGGUAAGAAAUUACUUUCAAGCUGUCGUCUUGAAGAGGCGUGUACAAGGGUAGGAUGACCAGCUCAAACAAUUGGACACUUUUUAAUGAACUUGAUCAGUGAUGUUUGUACCAAAGGUGGGAAAGGACUACCCUGAACCUGCUGGUGGAAAUUCACUUGAGGAAAAAGUAGCUGCAGGAUUGGAAAACCACAAAUCUAUUUCUGUCUAUUUCUCAAAUAAUCCACUCUAAUGGGAUGCCAUAUCAUCCUAUACAUGGUCAUGCUUUCCGGUUGCCAGGUUCCUGCUCUAGGUUUAGCAAAACUAUUUGCUUUGCUAACUUCCAAAAUCAGCAAAGUGAGAGAUUUAAUUGAGUUUCUUUCCUUGACAUAUUGAACCAAAAAUAUAAUUUUGUAUAAAAUUCUGCAGAGCAUGAAGAAUCCCAGUUGAGGUUUCUACCUUCAGAUUUAGAAUGAGCACAAAAUAUUUCUUUGCAACAACUCCUCUUCUACCCACCCCCAUUGUAGAGCUGUAGGAAUUGUAUUCUUGAUAAUGUUUAUAUAACAAAUGCCAGGGGCACAUUUUUAAACCAGGGUGGAUGCCCGAUAGUUUGACAAAGAGUUGGGCUCUGUUACACCAGUCAGAAUGCAGAGUUCACAGAUGCUUGUCUUUUAAUUUCCUUGUGGUUUAUCUUGCCUUCGAGGUGUAUUCAAAGGGCCUUUUCUUGUCCAUCCAAAAACCACUGGAAAUUGAGCUAUCCUCUAUAAGCAAAGAAUGUAAGAGAUGGUGUUCCCACUUCAUUUGCCUUUUUUUUGGUAUUAAACUCCUGUCAUUCCAUGAAAGUGAGACACCCUCACUGUUUUGGUUGCAGUGCUCCAGUGCAUUAGUUGGAGAGGGGUGUCUUUUUUUGUUUUGCUUGCUUUAUGGCAAAAGAUCUCUUGCUGUUUUCUGUGCUACCUCUACCAAUGAUGGUCCAGGGCUGCAGUUGGGUACUGAAGUCAUUUCUUUGCACUGUUUGGUACUGGGAAUGCUACAUCAGCUAUGCAAGAGCAUGCCUACACUUGGGUUUGUUUAAAUGUGCAACUUGAUAAAUUUAUAAAUUUUAGGCAUGUGUUUAGCUUCUGUCAGCCUUUGCUGAACUAGUGCAUUUGGCAUAGAUUUCUGUUAAUGCUGUGUGAAAUUGGAAGUGUAGCUGGUUCCUGUAAGAAUGCAAGUCCAGUGUACAUCCUCCAAAACAUAACUAGAUGUUACAAACUGCAUGAAGGGGCUUUACAGUUCAGUUGGAUUUAUUUUCCUCCCUCUUAAAUUAGCUGUAACUCUCAUCCUGUGCCACAGCCCCUACAUUGUAAAUGUGCCAGAACAGUGAGGUUAUCUGGAGCUUGAUCUUUGAAGUCAUGGUCUUCAUACUUUCUCAACUCCAUCCAGUUCUGCCCCUCUUCCUACACAACUGAACUCUGCAUGAAGUUGGACUCCUGCCGCUCAUUGCUGGCUAGUCAACAAAGUAGCCCCCGACAGAUUUGUCUGCUGCCUUCUUAAGGUCUGACUUGUGACCAGCUGGGGAAGAAGGACACAGGGCUGUGUUAUGUAACGUCUUUAGCUGAAUUAAAAGGUAGAAAAAUAAGAACUGCUACCCAUGUCACUAAUUUAACCCUUCCCACCCUGGGUAAAAUGCUUUGUUCAUUUUGAUCUAUUGACAGGGUUGUUAAUGCUACAGGUCAUGACCAAACCUCAAGUACGUUUAAUACCAUUUUAAUAGUUUCUCUGUCACGGUUUUUUGUUUUUGGAAGAUAUAAAAACAUAAGGCCAUAGUGAUUUGUGGUUUUGUCACAGGGCUGCCAGUGAACAGCUUGGGGAAUAUCUUGCCCUCAAUAAUGCAAGGUAAUGCCAAAUGUUAGUAUGUCCCAUGACACUGCUUAUUUAUGUGUUUAGCCAAAAACAGAAAUAUUGCACCUUUUGGUUAAAGUUGGAGUCUGAUGAAAGAUGGGCUGCCUCCUAUCUUGAGAAUUCCAGUUUUAAGUAACCUUGAAUCACUCGUUUCACUGAGAAAUCCUGUAGCUAUGUCUGAAAUUAGAACACAGUUACCUUGCUAAUUUCAAGGCAGUCUGGGACUAAACCGCACAAAUAGUAUCACACUUCUGCUGCUUAAGUUUCAAGACUUGCUGGCUUCGUCCUAUUGUAGUCAGUUAGUAUUGACCAGCGGUAUUAAGGAAUCUUCCCUUCUCCCUCUCCACAGACUAAGCAAAAUAAGGACUAGGUUUAUAAAUAGCCCACUUCACCACCUUGGGUGUAUUGGUGAGUUUGGGUCUUUUUGGGUAUCAACUGCUGUACAGCUGAUGAGGAUGCUACCAUGGCAACAGUUUCCUGUUUUAGUAUAACAUGAAAUUAGAGACUUGAGCUGGGUGUAGAGGGGCAGGCCCCCCUGUGUGGUUCAAUCCUGUUUAAACAUCUGUACAGCAUAUGUUGUAGCCUGUGUGCUCGGGGGGCUAGUGUGUACAGGCCUCUUAAGGCAAGUGGUGCAUGGCUUUAAGUAACUUGUCAACCUGAACAAUCACUUGAGUCUGUUUCCAUUUCAUACCUUGUGAAUCAAAAAUGUGGCAACAUUUAGAUCAUUUACCUGAUCAAUUGAAACAAUAAACUGUGCUAAAGUAAAUCUCUCAUUAGAGUGCAGGGUUUCCUGAUUCCUGUUAGCAUUUUCCAAUCUUGUGUUGCUAAAAUACUGUCUGGCUUGAAAAUCAAUGCAUGGGCAUUUUGGUGCUUUAAACAGUUCAAACAUUUUAAACCUCCUAAAGACGGUAAUUAAAUGUAUGAAGUUUGGGGUUUUUGAUUUCAUUCAACUCUAACACCAAGUUGGAGGUUUGUCUGAACCGGAGAAAUGAAUUCAAAGUCUAUCAACAUAACUCGGAUUGAAUGAAAUUUUGUGACUUGCAUUCAGUGGAUCCUGAGCUGGGCCUGAAUGAACUUGGUGCUGAGAUGGACAAAGGUGUACACACUUUUUCCACGACUGGACUGGGAAGUGAAUUACUCUAAAAACCAGAAAUAUCCUUUUAAAAAUGAAGGUCAAAAGAAUUUUCCUGUUCUGACUGUUUCGAGGUGUGACCAGGUUGUGUGUCUUUUGUACCUUGCUGAAGUGUGGUGCAGGUAAUGCAGGGCAUCUGGUGAACUUGGUCACUAUUUUUGGGCUGAAGAUCUGGAAUGGAUCAAAGUGGAUGGACAUCUAAACCAAAGUCAUUUAAAGUUUGUUGUGUUUAAAGCUUCACCCUUUUUUACAAGCUACGAUACAUGUUUAAAACACAAGUUAAGUAACCCAUUUUUCUAUUACACAAUUAUUAUUUUUAAAUGCCUUUGCAGCAGGUUUGCUUCCUCGUGUAAAAGGGAAGUUGUACUUCUCAAGACAGAAUUGGAGGGGUUUUGGGGAGGGGGGAGGGUUUGAUGUAUAAAGAAAUAGUGGAAUGUUGAAGCAACGUUGGAGCUGGUGUUGAAAAGUUUUAGAUCUGUAGCAGCUAGGUGUUUGCUGCUGGGCAGGGGAGGGAGGGGAAAUUUAAUAGCCAAACUUUGGAAUAUGCCUGUUCCUUAAAUAUUUGCUUUCCCAGGACCGGAACGGACUCAUUCCUGGUUUCUAAGGUUUCACUUGUUCUUUCUCUCAGCACCUUGGCAAUUAAAUGUGUUGGAAAAUAUCCAUUUCAAGGAGGGCAUCACUGAACUGUGGGGCCCUUUUUCUCCUGCACAUAACUUCAAGUCCUGGGUAAUGGAUGGCAGGUCGUUUAGUUCUGGUAUAGCCAUUCACUUACCUCUGACCACUCAUCUUGGCAUCAGAUAAGGAUAUAAGAGGCCUGAUUUUAAAGCUGCAUGAUUCUGUCUUGUUCAAGAAGCAUCAAAGUACCACCAGUAACUGCACCUCACCCAUGGCAACCUUGGCUGUCCAUGAGCUGGCAUUAGUUCCUAGUUGAGCAAUUAACAACAGGCUUCCUACACUUCCCAAUCAAUCUGUUUUCUGCUUUCCUGGUAAGAGCCAGUCUGGGUGUUGGGUGUGAAUAGAAUUGGGCCUAGCUGUGCUACCAACUAUGUUCAGCCCAUGUGUUGACAUUUGCCAUCUUGGUUGUCUGAAAUGGCUGCUUAAGAGGGGAGAGAAAUACAACAGGACUGUCCCAGACAUUUACUUUUGUUGUUGUGUUUAUGGGGGGGGGGGGGGGGGGGAGAGAAAGUUCAAUUUUCACCAGUUAAAAUGGAAUUUGGAUUAAAAGGCUUCUGUAGAAUAAAAUUUGAAAGGCACUCCACACACCUGUUCAUUUGGGUAAAAAAGAUUUGAGACAAAUUGGGAACCUUUUUGUCCUUCUAGUUUCUGGAAUUUGACUCCAUUUGCUAAACUUCAAAGAAAUCCACCCGUAUGCAGGCUGAGGCUCUUAAAGAAACCAGGAAUCUCUGCUCUGGUGUAACGUUCUGACAUCCCUUUGUGUUCUGUCUGAUGCCACGAAAAUAAUUUUCUUACUAAACAAUAAAUAUCCAAAAGUGCACAA